CAGGGCAUUAUCCAACGCAAAAGACCUAAAUGGGACACCGUAGCGGUGAACGUUCCAAAAGUAGAGAAGACAGGGGUAACGUCUUAGUGAGUUUCAAAAAGUGUCCAAAUUAUAAAAGCAAAAAUACAUUAACAUCGUUUUUUAAUGUUAUAAAACCUACAAAUAUAGCAGUCACUUAAUAAAAACUUUUUUUAAAAUCUAUUCGACCUUUGCUUUUCUACAUCGUGGUAGUCACCUUAUACCUAAAAUGGUACAAACCAAUUGUACAAGCAGUAGUUGGUGCGGAAAGGACUGAAAUUCAAAAUAAACCUUUUGAGUUAGCGGCACGCCGCAAUCAUGAUCAUCCCAGUUCGGUGCUUCACGUGCGGGAAGAUCGUAGGAAACAAAUGGGAGGCUUAUCUUGGCCUGCUGCAAGCAGAGUACACAGAAGGGGAUGCACUAGAUGCUCUCGGGUUGAAGAGGUACUGCUGUCGUAGGAUGCUGUUGGCUCACGUGGAUCUCAUUGAAAAACUGCUGAACUACGCUCCUCUGGAGAAAUGAGGGCCAUCUGGAAUCUACAGACACUUGCACUCUUUGAGCACACUUGACACACUCAUGCAUACCAACUGAUACUUUCACAGACUGACACUUACAGACUGGGAACACCUUUACUGAUGGAUAUUCACACUCUAUGCUUACUGUUUAAGUUAUUUUUCUAUGGUUGUUUUUCUGAAUAAAUGAGUGAAUUUUCUUUCA